ACAUAGUGUUUGUUGUGGUAAAAUCGCAGCGAUCAAAUGUUCUGCGGCAAGGAUGCAAGAUGUUUUUACCACAGCAGGCAUCGAAUAGCGUGCAUGUCCCUCUAGAACAACAUGGAGGAACACAUUUCAGUAAAAGAGUGGCGUCCUGCCCUAUCCAUCCCAUCGAGCAGAGCGCGUGAAGCAUGCAAUGCAUUUAUUCAGAAUGGGUUUUGUCGCGCGCGCUGGCCUGCAGUCGCUAAUACAUAACAGUCCUAGUAUGUGCCAUAUUAUGCAUGCAGAUGUGUCGUACAGCUGCAUUCCUUAGGAUCUUUAUAUAUUUCCAGCUGUUAAGAGCCCUUGGAAAUAUGAGCCAAACGUCAGAGCCUUCAGCCGAUGCUGCUGUGACUGAAGCUCCAGUUUCUCAAUCUGAAACCAAGCAAUCAACAGCAGGGAAGAAACAGAACAAAAAGAAAGUGGAAGAAGUGGUGGAAGAAGAAGAAGAGGAGUAUGUUGUGGAGAAGGUCCUGGAUCGGCGUGUGGUGAAGGGAAGAGUGGAGUAUCUGCUCAAGUGGAAAGGCUUUUCUGAUGAGGACAACACUUGGGAACCAGAGGACAACCUUGACUGUCCUGACCUCAUAGCAGAAUUCCUUCAGUCGCAGAAAUCGGCUGAAUCUGGAGGCAAGAGGCGGGCCGAUUCAGACGGAGAUGGAAAGGAGACCAAAAAGCGCAAGGAUGAGCCUGAGAAACUCAGAGGUUUUGCACGUGGUUUGGAUCCUGAGAGGAUUAUUGGUGCUACAGACUCAAGUGGAGAACUCAUGUUCCUCAUGAAAUGGAAAAACUCUGAUGAAGCUGAUCUAGUACCAGCCAAGGAGGCGAAUGUAAAGUGUCCACAAGUGGUCAUCUCCUUUUACGAGGAACGCCUCACCUGGCAUUCAUACCCCACUGAAGAGGAAGAGAAGAAGGAUGACAAAAAUUAGAUGACAAAAAAAAAAAGAUGUAAGGGACAGUCGAUAUCAGUCGUGGCCAUUGAUAUGCUUUUUUUUUGGCAAAGGAAAAUUGUCAGAAACAAAUUUGUAAAAAGCCACAGUAUAAACUGUAAUCUACAUAGGUUUCAGCGUAUUUUAGUUCUGUCACCAUUACCAUAGAUGAAGCGAAUAGAACACUAGAAAGGUGACUUUGCACCUUUAACAUACUCUUCAUGCUUUCUAUUGACUAAAACAUUCAAAUCAUGUUCAAUUCACACAACAUACUGAAAGAGCAUCACAGUCUGAUAUUCAUACAUGUGAACUAUUGUUCUUUACAUGUUAGAAAUGCCCCCCCCCUCCCCCCCCCUCCCCUCCCCCUCCCUGUGUAGAUUACAGUGUUUAUUCUAUCAUACCGGGUCGGUUUCAUUUGAUGCUGUAGCUGUCUCUAAAAACGUCCUGAUGUAUUCCAUGAUUCUUAAUUUUAUGUAUAUAUAACUAAUGUUAAAAUAUUACUGCCUUAACAGAUUAUUAAGAAAAUGUCAAUUUUAUACAUCUGUCAAUGCAGGUGGUCAUUGAAUGCAUGACUAUAUCUAUCUAGGCCCAUGGAAAAAGAGGUUUAAGAUAUAGGCUUUAUUAAACGUUCGGAACUGGCUUUGAUACGAUUGGUUUUAUAAAGACAUGCCAGCAGCUGUUACUCUUCAGUGUUUAUUUGCCCAUGAACUAUUACGUGUCUGGUCUUACCAUAGGUGCUAUUUGUUGUGAGUGAGCCCCAUUGGAUAUUAACAGUCUUUCUUGACAAUGUCUUGACAUUUGUGUUUGUAAAUAUGCCAUUUCCUAGCACAUCAGUAUCACUGUGUACAGUCAGCUGAAGUUUGGUUUUUACUUUGAUACUCUUUUGUCUUAUUACUGUUACACAGCAAAGUAGAUGAACUGUAACCUUUGUUCUCCUGAAGACAUUUAAAGUACGUUUUUAUGUUCUGAGCUUUAACGAUUGUAUGCUAGUUUUGUUUAACCAUGUUAUUAUUGCAUAUUAUCAGAGCAUUUGCCAUUGAAUUACCAUUUUCAAAAAUAAAAAUCUUUGUUGUAAUUCUGUCAAAA